AUGGCGGGCUCCGGCAAAAUCACCAUCUCCAUUGACCGUGGAGGUACUUUCACCGACGUCCAUGCGAUUGUCCCGGGCCGUCCAGACAUCAUCUUGAAGCUCCUGUCCGUGGAUCCCUCCCACUACCAGGAUGCACCCACCGAAGGCAUCCGCCAGAUUCUUGAGCUGGCUACGGGAACCCCACACCCGCGUGGCCGGCCACUGAAACUGGACCGCAUCGGCUGUCUCCGAAUGGGCACUACGGUUGCGACCAAUGCCCUUCUAGAGCGCAAGGGAGCCCGCUCGGUGCUAUUCACCACCAAAGGCUUCCGAGAUUUGCUCAAGAUUGGCGACCAAUCGCGACCGGCCAUCUUCGAUCUGUCCAUGGCUCGCCCGGGAGUGCUGCCGGAAGAUGUAGUCGAGGUCAACGAGCGAGUCCUCCCCUGCCACCCUGUCGCCGAUAGUGAAUGCUUUGCUGGAGCACGCAUCGUGGAGGGUGUGACCGGGGAGAAGUUCCGCAUUGUGCAAGAACUCGACCUUUCGCACGUGCGGACGGAUCUCCAGCGACUAAAAGAGCAAGGGUACCAGUCUCUCUCCGUGGCCCUCCUCCACUCGUUCGCCUACCCAGAUCACGAACGCCAGAUCGGAGAAAUUGCAGAGCAGAUGGGCUUCUCCGUCACUCUAUCGUCCAAGCUGCAGCCUAUGAUCAAGAUUGUGCCCCGAGGCAUGUCCGCGGCCGCAGAUGCGUACCUCACUCCGGUCAUAAAGACCUAUAUCGACUCGAUCAAUUCCAGCUUUGAAGGGGGACUGGAAAACCAACAAGACUGCCGCUUUGAAUUCAUGCAGUCAGAUGGAGGACUGGUCGACUUUCGCAAGUUCAGUGGGCUGAAGGCGAUCCUGUCCGGUCCCGCCGCCGGCGUGGUGGGCUUUGCUGCCACGAGCUAUGAUCCUACUGAGCGAACCCCGGUCAUUGGAUUUGACAUGGGCGGCACCUCCACUGAUGUGUCGCGCUUCGACGGUCACUUGGAGCAUGUCUUCGGUUCGAAGGUUGCCGGCGUCUUGAUCCAGUCACCCCAACUUGAUAUCAACACUGUGGCUGCCGGAGGCGGUUCUAUUCUAGCAUGGCGCAAUGGCCUCUUUUAUGUUGGCCCAGAGUCAGCCAGCGCGCAUCCUGGUCCCGCAUGCUACCGAAAGGGCGGCCCAUUGACGGUGACAGAUGCCAACCUCUUCCUCGGCCGACUAUUGCCAGAGUACUUCCCUCACAUCUUUGGACCCAAGGAAGAUCAGCCUCUAGAUACUGAGGCUACCGCUCGACUCUUCAAUGAAUUGACCCAGAAGAUCAAUGUCGAGCGCCGGCACCACUCCCAGCCAGAAUAUACCCCCGAGGAAGUGGCAUUGGGAUUCCUCAAAGUCGCCGACGAGUCCAUGGCUCGGCCCAUUCGCAACCUCACCGAAGCUCGCGGCUUUGAAACCGCAUCUCAUCACCUCGCUUGCUUUGGCGGUGCUGGUGGUCAACAUGCAUGCUCGGUUGCCGCCUCCCUAGGAAUUUCACGCAUCAUCAUCCACAAGUAUUCGUCGGUCCUGUCGGCCUACGGUUUGGCACUGGCAGAGGUCGUCAAAGAGUCCCAAGAGCCAGUUUCGUCUGACUACCUGGCCUCUCACUCCAAUCUGCUCCAGCGCUUCGAUGAGAUGGCGGCUGCCGCAACAAAGGAGAUGCAAACCCAAGGUUUUUUGCCUGGUCAAGUGCGCCACGAGCAGUACCUCAAUAUGCGGUAUGAGGGUUCGGACACAAGUUUGAUGAUCCUGCGGCCCGAAACUUCAUCGGACUUUCUCGACGAGUUCCGUGUCCGCCAUCGUCGAGAAUUCAACUUCAACUCUGAUCGGCCAGUUCUGGUCGACGAUAUCCGUGUCCGCACCAUCGCCUCUUCUAAGGUACGCACAGAGCGGAGCCCAUUGGCUCAGUUGAAAAAGGCCAAAAUGCAGGAUGUCACAAUGGCACCCGCUAACACCAUCUCGGCCUACUUUGACGGCUUCCCCAGUCGGGUCAGCACCCCUGUGUACCUUCUUGAUCAGCUAGAGAAGCACACCCGCAUCACCGGCCCGGCUGUCAUCAUCGAUAAGACGCAGACGAUCGUUGUUGCUCCCAACGCGGUGGCGAACCUGCUGGACACAUGCAUUGUUGUCGACCUGAAGGACGAGCUGAUCACCACUCCUGCCGAAGCCCUCGUAUCAUCUGCAAUUGAUCCCAUCCGCCUCAGCAUUUUUGGUCAUCGUUUUAUGUCCAUCGCUGAGCAGAUGGGCCGCACACUACAAAAGACCUCGGUUUCAACCAACAUCAAAGAGCGUUUGGAUUUCUCGUGCGCCUUGUUCUCUCCUGAUGGAGGAUUGGUGGCCAACGCACCCCACGUACCUGUGCACCUGGGGUCCAUGCAGUUCGCGGUGCGCUAUCAACACCAGAAAUGGCUGGGUAAUUUGAAAGACGGCGAUGUGCUGGUUGCCAACCACCCCAGCUGCGGUGGAACUCACCUGCCUGAUAUCACGGUCAUUACUCCGGUGUUUGACCGGCCCGGAGGUACCGAGAUCAUGUUCUAUGUCGCCUCUCGCGGCCAUCAUGCUGACAUUGGCGGGAUUCUGCCUGGAUCGAUGCCACCCAAAUCCACAGAGCUGUGGCAAGAGGGCGCCUCCAUCGAAGGUGACAAGAUUGUCAGCAAUGGCGUUCUAGAUGAGGCGCGUCUGAUCGAGUUGCUUGUUACGAAGCCAGCCCAGUAUCCCGGCUGCGCUGGCGCGCGAUGUAUCAGUGACAACCUGUCCGAUCUCAAAGCGCAGAUUGCUGCCAACACGCGCGGCAUCAGCUUGAUCCAAGGACUGUUCACCGAAUAUGGGGUGGAAACCGUGCAGAAGUACAUGUACGCCAUCCAGGCGACAGCUGAAACAGCUGUGCGCAAUCUGCUCAAGGGCCUGCAUCAUAAGUUUAAUGGGCAGCCAUUGGAGGCGGUUGACUACAUGGAUGAUGGAACUCCUAUCAAGCUCAAGAUCACCAUAGAUGGCUCCAACGGAUCGGCCGUUUUUGACUUUGAUGGUACUGGCCCGGAGGUGUACGGCAGCUGGAACGCACCGAUUGCUAUCACGCACUCGGCAAUCAUCUACUGCCUGCGGUGCAUGAUCAAUGCGGAUGUGCCGCUGAACCAGGGGUGUCUGUCUCCGAUUGAUAUCCGUGUUCCAUCACCCAGCAUUUUGUCCCCCACUAAGACCGCUGCUGUGGUGGGUGGCAACGUGGUGACAUCGCAGCGUAUCACGGAUGUCGUGCUCAAAGCCUUCCGGGCCUGUGCUGCAUCCCAGGGCUGCUGCAACAACUUGACUUUCGGCACCGAUGCGAAAGUCGACCCUACAACGGGCGCGGUGGUCACCCCCGGAUUUGGAUACUACGAAACCAUUGCAGGUGGCAGCGGCGCCGGACCAUCUUGGAAAGGUGAGUCCGGUAUUCAUGUCCAUAUGACCAACACGCGCAUUACAGACCCAGAGAUCCUGGAGAAGCGCUACCCGACCAUGCUGCGGCAGUUUACGCUGCGCGAGGGCUCAGGCGGCCAGGGCAAAAACCCUGGCGGCGAGGGUGUGGUACGAGACAUCGAAUUCCUUGCGCCCAUGCAAUGUUCAAUUUUGUCGGAGCGGCGUGUGCACCGGCCUUAUGGGCUGGAGGGAGGCCAGGAUGCUCAGCCAGGUCUGAACCUGUGGAUCUCGCGAGACCCUGAGACAGGUGAGGAGCGCCGGAUCAAUAUUGGCGGCAAGAACACGGUGGCUGUGAAAAUUCACGACCGGGUUGUCAUUAUGACGGCCGGUGGCGGCGGUUGGGGUGCGGCGGAGUCUACUGCUUAA